CCCUACCGUCAUGUUAAGGUGAAGCCCGGGGGUCCAGUGCUGAACAUGCUAAGGAGGCUGGACAGAAUCCGCUUCAGAGGUCACAAACGAGAGGAUUUUCCCGACCUGGCGGAAUCGCCCAAUGCCUCGGACACUGAGUGUGGAGACGAACUUCCCCCGAAGAUCGCCCGGACCGUGCCACCCCGAGACAGCGAAGAGCUGAGGGACCCUGCCGGCCCGGGGACCCUCAUCAUGGCCACAGGGGUCCAGGACUUCAACAGGACAGAGUCUGACCGGCUGAACGAGAUCAAAGGCCACCUAGAAAUCGCCCUGCUGGAGAAGCACUUUCUCCAGGAGGAGCUGAGGAAGCUUCGAGAAGAGACCAACGCGGAGACGCUGCGUCAAGAGCUGGAGCGCGAGCGGCAGAGGCGGCAGGAGCUGGAGCAGAGGGUCCAGGAGGUGCUGAAGGCCAGAUCCGAGGAGCAGUUGGCCCAACAGCCUCCCAGAGGGCAGGUGCAGGCCAGCAACGGAGGAGCAGACCGCCGGGCCCAGGGGCUGUGUGCUCGUCUCCAGAAGUGGUUUUAUGAGAGGUUUGGGGAGUACGUGGAGAACUUCCGUUUCCAGCCUGAGGAGAGCACUGUGGAGGCAGAAGAACCCCUCAGUGCCAGGAGGUUAACCGAGAACAUGAGGAGACUGAAGCGUGGGGCCAAGCCCGUCACCAACUUUGUGAAGAACCUCUCGGCCUUGUCUGACUGGUAUUCCAUCUACACAUCCGCCAUUGCCUUCAUUGUGUACAUGAACGCCGUGUGGCAUGGCUGGGCCAUCCCCAUGUUCCUAUUUCUGGCGAUCCUGCGGUUAUCUCUCAACUUCCUCAUCGCCAGGGGUUGGAGGAUUCAGUGGAGCAUUGUGCCUGACGUGUCUGAAGCCGUGGAACCGCCCAAAGAGGAUCUGACAGUGUCUGAGAAAUUCCAGUUGGUGCUGGACGUGGCCCAGAAGGCCCAGAACCUCUUUGGCAAGAUGGCCGACAUCCUGGAGAAAAUCAAGAACCUGUUCAUGUGGGUGCAGCCCGAGAUCACGCAGAAGCUGUAUGUCGCCCUGUGGGCCAUCUUCCUCGCCUCCUGCUUCCUCCCCUACCGCCUGGUGGGGCUCGCCAUGGGGCUCUAUGCUGGGGUCAAGUUCUUCCUCAUCGACUUCAUCUUUAAACGCUGCCCGAGGCUCCGAGCCAAGUACGACACGCCCUACAUCAUCUGGAGGGGCCUCCCCACGGACCCCCAGCUCAAAGAGCGAGCCAGCGCCACCGUGUCCCGCCGGGUCCAGACCACCUCCUCGCGAAGCUGUGUGACCAGUGCCCCAGCCGGCUUGGGCCGAGACGAAGAUUCCAGCCGUUUCCACGGCACCAAGAAGGGCAACUUCCAUGAGAUCUUCAACUUGACGGAGAACGAGCGGCCACUGGCAGUGUGUGAGAGCGGGUGGCGGUGCUGUCUGAUCAACAGGGACCGAAAGAUGCCCACGGACUACAUCCGGAAUGGCGUCCUGUACGUGACGGAGAACUACCUGUGUUUCGAGAGUUCCAAAUCUGGGUCCUCGAAGCGAAACAAGGUCAUCAAGCUGAUGGACAUCACAGACAUCCAGAAGUACAAGGUCCUCUCUGUCCUGCCGGGAUCGGGCAUGGGGAUCGCAGUGUCAACCCCUUCCACCCAGAAACCGCUGGUGUUCGGGGCCAUGGUGCAUCGUGACGAGGCGUUCGACGCCAUCUUCAGCCAGUACACCAAGAUCACAGCGGCAGCCGCCGCGGGUGUGGACAGCUAG